AUGUCCUCUCAACUUUUCUAUCGCGUUUAUUCACCCACAAGCGCUGGUGGCCUCGUUUCUGGUAAAGCAAACCAGGGUUGGCAUCGACCUUCUCAUAUAAACCUAGAACGGGAAUUCGAGAACCAUAAGAAGCUCUCUAAUCGAAAACCAACCGCUUUGGUUUCGGUGACUUCUAGUAUCAUUAGAGCUCUAAAAACUGCGUUCGAUAAGCAUUACAAAGAUGGAGAAGAUCUGUCCGAUAUUUGGAUUGCCUUUAUUCAAGUUCCGGAUAGGGAACUAGAUGUAUGUCAUUCUGCAAAAGAGAUGGCCAAUAGGUUUCGUGCAAGAAACCCUGCGUUAUUCAAGGAUGAAUAUCUCUUCGAAUGGGAGAUUCCAAUGAAGUAUGUUGUGCAUAGAAUUUCUGCGCAGACACUCUUUGACCGUGGUCUGAAUAUGAAAGAGUAUUGUGAGAAAAUAGGGGAUGAAGAUUCAGAUUCUUCGAUGAUUAUACUACCAUCGACGUCAGACCUACGGACUAACAUCGCAAACGCCUUGUGUAACUUCACGAUUGAUCGUAAUGGUCACGUCUACAAUAGCCACGAAAUGUUUGAAUGUCACGUACGGCUAGCAAGCAUGGUACGAGCUUUUGGAGCAAGAGCAUUGGGUUUGAAUAUUGCGUGGGAGAUUUUCGCAGAUUGCUGUAAAGGUCGUUUCUCCUCAGCAAGACACUUUAAUCAGCGAUAUGACGCCAUAAAAGAGGGCUGUCACGAAGUUUUAUUGGAUUUUUGGCUCCUUGAUAGCCAAUUCAACUAUGAAUAUGAGUGUCAUUUGGAAUAUGCCUUUCAUCUCCAAGAAACAAUGACGGCGCGAUGGGAUGAAUUUUUAAGAAAUGGGAUUGACAUCUACGACGAUCACACCAGGUACGAAGAAGAACUUGAAAUGCUCAUGAAGAUUGAGGCAGAUGCGGUUAGUAUAGGGUUGUAA